GAUGAAAUGGGGGUCUCUGGAGGCCAUCAAAGGGCAGUACAACUGGGGAAACGCCGACAAAUUGGUUGCGUAUGCAGAGCAACACAAUAUGAAGAUCAGGGGACAUACCCUCAUAUGGCACAAACAGUUGCCCUCAUAUAUUGCGGGACUGGAGGGCAAAAGGCUGAGCUCGAAAAAGUGAUCAAGGAUCAUAUUAAUACAGUAGCUGGACAUUUCAAAGGUAAGAUCUACGCGUGGGAUGUCGUCAAUGAGGUGAUCGAUGACGGGUCCGGUAAACUAAGGGACAGCAUAUUCUCGCGAACUUUUAACUCCAGUUUUAUUGAGGAGGCCUUCCGUACGGCACACGCGGCCGACCCUAACGCCAAGCUAUACAUCAAUGACUACAACGUCGAAGCCGUUAACACAAAGUCAGACGCCUUAUACGCGUUGGUCAAGGAGCAGGCUAUUUCUUUGGGAGUCCGAAACGACCGUUGGAACUUAAACUUAAAA